CGACUUGCGGAGUCAGCUCAUCAACAAAACUUUCACUAAUCAUACAUAUAUGCCUCUGUUCGGCACAAGAUUAUAUUGAUUUGUUGGCAUUUUGCAAAUAUACCUUGAGCGCAGCCAGCAGGCCGAGGCUGCAAGUCCCGAACACUCCGCAUCGAAAUCUCAAACGCUUCCUUUUGACAGACGGCUCUGUCGAAGCACAAUGGCGCCAGCUAAGUCAAUUAAGAAGACUGCCUCGGACAGCGAAAGCAAUUCGAGCAGCAGAUCGACAUCACCCGAACCAGCGAAGAAGUCGGAAUCGGAUCGCGAGACUGAAGAUUCGUCAAGCUCAGGAUCUGAGUCGGAAGAUUCGGCCAGCUCCGAUUCUGAAAGUGUCCCUUCGUCCCCAGAGAUCAAGGCUUCCAAUACCUCAUCUACAAACGAUUCCCUCUACCCAAGACCUCCUUACAAGCCACCGUCAGGCUUCAAAGCUGCGAAGAAGCAAUCACCACCGUCUUCUACCACUUCCUCCCUCCUUUCCGACCUUCGCGGCAAACAACUCUUCCAUAUCACUGCGCCCGCCUUCCUCCCUCUCUCCAAAGUCAAAGAGGUGUCCCUGGCGAAGAUCUUACAAGGGGAGCCGGUACUUAAGCACGAGAGCGUGCAAUAUGGUAUCCCAUCCGAGAACAUUGGCCAGGGCGACUUGGGUGGGAAGAGUCUCCUCCUUUACGAUUCGAAGACGCAGACAUACUACAGCGCACCUGCCACUACCAUGCCUACCUAUCACGUACAAGAAAUGAUCGACCUCCCUAAAAGCUUAGGGACCGACGAUGCAGUAUUGGCAGCAGCACAGGAUCAGAUCAAGCCACCAAGGAAGCAACCGAAACAUCUGAAGAUGCGGUUUCGCCCGGUCGGUAGUGGAGAGGGUCCACCAGAGACGAUCGGUUCGAGUUCGGAAGAGUCCGAGGGAGAAGGAAAGCCAACUUUCAAGUUUCCCAAAGAAUCAAAGACCGAGCGCGAGGAAAGAAAACGGAAGCACGCCGAAGAAGUGGAAGGAUCCCAAUCGGGUGGCUUGCCCAGGAAGAAGUCCAAGAAACAAUCUGUCGAUGCAUCACAAUCAAGCAAAAAGCGAGAUGAGAAGAAACGGAAGAAGGAGAAGGCGUGAUGAAUGUCGAAAUGAGAACUGUAUUUUCAUGUUGUUCAUAAGCGAAAAAAGUUGUCCAAUUGACGGGAUUGCGCAUCAUGGCCAAUGGUGCCUGCACUCUGAUCUUUCGAUCUCUAAGAAGAAGCAUCUAUGCACUAAAAAUCAAGUCCUGGAUGCUCAAGUCUGGAAUCUAGUACUACCAUAUUUCUCUGAAAAC